AUGGAUUUGCCGGCCUCAUAUUACGGGAAACUUGAUAAAAGAAACCCAGUUAUUUCAGCGUUUGAACGAGACAUGAACUCGUUUAUAACGCUGAUGAGACGAGCCGCUUCAUCCACUAGUGCGGACAACAGCUCUUCUGCUAACGGGAUUAAAAUCCUGGUGGAGAUAUGGAAAAAGUACAAACAUCGACUGCCUCCGAAGUUGUACCAGGAGCGCAUGCUGCACAUCGCAGACUUCCUCUUUGGGAUAAAGUUGUACCGGCUGGCUCUUUGGCAGGGCUAUAGUCUCCACCUGCUGCAGUUCAGCUCAGUGAAAAUAACCGACAUCACAGAUGUGGACCACUUCAUGGCCUGCUUCUUCCCUGAAGGUUUUGAUACAGACCAAGAUACCUUUGCCAUGAAGGUCCGUGCAAUGCAUGGAUGUUCCCUGUGUAUAUUUGAGCAGGAGAAAAGACACAGUGUCCUCAGCCACAACGGACUCUGUAAAUUGCUGCGAGUGCUGAACUUCAUCAGGAUCAUGAUGCAGGCUUUUCAGCAACAUGAGCACCUCUGCUGGCAAAUAUAUAAUGGUUCGCUACACACCUACACCAUCUGCCGUUACCUGAUGACCAUGAACUGUAGUGCACAGGCACUGGAGUACCUUCUGUGGGCAAGCAUCAGUUUAGAGCUCUCCAUCCCUCUGAUGAAUGCUAAGUAUCUGCCUUGGAUUGUUACACUCUACUGUGCUGUCUGCCACUGUUACUACGACAACCAGGCUUGGGUUCAGGUGGAGGAAUUUGCCAGGAGAGCCCUUGGAAAAAUCAAUGAGCUAGCAAAGAUGGAGGAACACAAUGAUGUUCCUGCCACCAGAGAGACUCAGAGAGCUUACAAGGAAGCCUCCAUCAAGUUGGCUGCUAUGAUGUUCAAGCGUGCAGUGUUUGAGGCCAGAAAGAGACACAAACCAGUAUAUAGAAUCAAAACCAAAAGCAGCCUGAAGGACAUACCCAAGGCCCCAUGGCCUCGUACUACAACAGAGCGCAUGCUAAUGGGCCUGUUUGACAGCAGCGCAGCACAGUUCUUGGCCAUCUUGGAAGCCCUUUGGGACAGCACCAGACACCCACUGCAGACCAGGAUGCCUGAGGAACCAGAGGUGCAGGAGGUGAUCCUGGAACUCCUAUCUGCUGGGAUCAGUAUAUUAUCUGGAGUUGAAACUACUAGUGAAUCUCUCAGUGCACUGACACCAACAUCCACUCUAAUGGAUUUAGCCAUUACAGGAGAAAACAAAAUACCCAUCAUGUCUGCGAUGAGGUUCAUUAAGCUGUUGUUUCAGUACAAGCAGCCAGAUGCGUUCACUGAACUUGCCAGAGGGAUGUUUCGGGUUUUGUCUGGUGUGGAAGGUCGAUCAUUCAGGAAGGCGGAGCUGGAGCUUGCUUUAUUUGAUAGUUUCAACAGUCUGCUGUCUGCCCAGGGGAGCCGUGGUAGAGAGGACAGCAUGAUUGAUGACAGACACAAGUCCUCAUUCUCAAUGAGUGAUGAGUUCAUUGGCCUCGUAGACACCCUGCACAAGUCUGUUUGUGGGUCUCAGGUGCAGCCAGAUGGGGACCUGGUUGUGGAUGUUGUGUUAUUUCUGUGGGGUAAAGUAAAGGUGGUCAUGAAGAGGGAUCAGCUGCAAAACCUAGAGUUUACACACUACCUUAAGAAGGUAGAUAAUCACGACAAGUGGCUGUGGUGUCUGUAUGUGCUGUGUGAAGUGGCCUUUGCCUGUGACCUGGCCACUCUUGACUGCAUAAUGACGGCAGAGAUGAUCCACACAUUGGCCAUACUGCUAGAGAGUGCAGCUGAACGCAGUCAUCAAACACAAUAUCCAGCUCGUGAAACAAACAGUGCUGGUGUGAAGCCAAGCUAUUGCUCUCUUCUUGAGAGUUCAAGUACAGAGCUGCUUCAUAAGGUGUGUGAGAUAGCGGAGAGGGGUCUUGAAGCUCUGGCGAAGGGUGUAGCUACACUGCUGCCCCAAGAUUGCUCAGCAAUCACCGACUCUGCCUUCAUGCAGAGAUUUGGUCCCCUCCUUCCAUCUACUCCCUCUCUAUGUUUUUUGACACCAUCAAAAGAGGAAAAUGAAGAUAAAUUAAGUAAGAAGGAAAAAGAAGAAUCAGAUAUUAAAGGCUCUCAACACACUCAGUCCAAACGCGUGUUCCUGCUGGCCACAGACCUUCAUCUCGAGCUAAACAUCAUCCGUCACAGGGCUUCUCUCAAGUUACUGCAGCUAAACGCAGUUGCAGAGUCUGAACUGUUGGAUCGGAUCAAGAAGAACAAGGUGUCCAAAGCUCUUUACCUGAUCCAGAAAGCCUUGCUGGUGUACAACAACAAGGAUCCAAAUAACAGCAACAACCAAACUAAGAGUCUGCUAGAGGAGGCAUCCACCCUGAUAGAGAAAGCAGGGGUGGAGGAGAGAAAACUGUAUUUCUCCACCACCCGUAAAAAUCCAGCUGAAAAUAAAGACAAAGACAUGAAGGAGGAAGAACAAAACCCUCCUCCUCCCCCCAUCCUACUUUCACGCACUGACCACUCCUUUACAUUUGCCCCAGCACCAUAUAACUUGGAGGGACAAGUGGGCUGGUACCAGCUCUGCGGUACAGCUGCGGCCAUUAACCGGAAAGUCCGCCUCGGAGACUGCAGCCUGCCAGGAACUGGAAAUAUGGUACCAGCAGUAUCUGGUGGGUGCAUUCUGAAGGUGGAGGGGCUGGAGCUCAACCAGAAGUAUGUGUUUGCUGUUGCAGCCUACAGCAGCCAGGGAAAGCUACUGGGCAACACCAUAGGACGGACGACAGUCCCACUGCUGGCAUCCAUGCCUGCACCAUUGCUCUCCUCGUGGGCUCACUUGGCACAGGUGGCCUUUCAAACGGAGCAGUAUGGUGUAGCAAAGAUAGCCUGCACCGAACUGUGGAGCCACUUUACCCACUCCGACCCCGGGUCCCCUGGCACACAGGAUAGACUUGCUACCACAGGGCUGCGUGUCGAGACCCUGCAAUGCUCCUCUCCUUACGUAUGUCAGUUGUUCCUCACUUCCAUCUUUAUUGAGACAGAGAUCAACAUUCACCUGGGAUCGCUGUACUGUGACUCAUUCAGUGACAACGGAUUGUUUAUCUGGGAACAGGAAGCCAGACUGGCAGAGUGUAAGCGAAUGCUGGUGGCCAUGGAACUAGCAAUGUGGUUUAAUGACGGUAGCGCUGCCGUGCAAGCAGUAGUUUGCUGUUAUGGCCUCUUGGCACCUCUAAUCUUCCAUCAGAUCACUUGCGACCCUGUGGUACAGAUGCUAAAGAAAUGCCUCAUAGUUUUGGAAGAAAAUUCUGGUCUUCUCAAACAAAAAUGGACUGGAAACACGGCAGAGUCAUUUAUGCACAUGGUAGCCUGCAUCACCUACUACCUGUCGAAGGCAUUUCGUGUGCUCGGGGAGCAUCAGAUGGCUUCUGUGUUGAUGGACUGUGGACGCAGGCUGCUUCAAGAGGUCUAUGAUGCCCAGCUGCAGAUCAGCAGACAUGCCAAUGCAGCUUCUAAGACAGAUAAUGCUGCAGUCAAGGAUGAAAUGAAGAUAAGUCUUCAGCUGAAGGCACUGAAUUGGAAAAACAAGGAAAGAAUCACAUCUGAAGUAGCUCUGACAGCGGACAAUGAGAUUCCACAUCCACUGACUGGCUGUGAGGAUCCUACCAUAUUGUAUGAGCUGAUCUCCAACAUCCCAUUAAAGGAAGCCUAUCAAGAUGUGAUGAAGCUCAGACGAAAGACGUAUUUUAUUGAGAUUGCGACACUGCUUCUCCAGAGAACCAUGGAAGAAGGCCACCCAGACCUUGUGUUAAAGUGGGGGCAAAGCAUAUUGGAAUUUCUUUCCAGGCGUGACGAGGUGAUGGGACUGUCCACAAAAUGUGUGGAGGGAAACGGUCAGAGUAAGAAAAGAAGUAGUGCUCAGCCUCAGAAAGGAAAUGAACCACCUCAGAACACACCUUCUCACGAUGAUUCAAGAAAGAAAAUAAAGCAGAAAAUGCCCCACAGCAUGCUUCAGAGAGUGAAAACUAACAGGGAUAUGCAGGCUGUAGAGAACCUGCUAACCAUCAUGUCGUCUGUGGUGCAACGCCACAAGAAGCAGCUUCAGCUGAGGAACAUGUCCUCUGAGGAGAGAGUGUGGAAGUCUCAAAUCAACUACAACAUGGCUCAAGCCCAUUUAGCGCUGCUUUACCAGGGCCUGGACCAGCUGCAUGAAGGAGCCCUGCAGCACAGGUACAGCCAGUUCAAUCCCUUGUGUUUCUCUCUGGCCUUCUCUGGUAUCCUGGUACAGAGGAAUUCACAGCAACAGCAGUUUUCUAAAUAUGAGGCUGUCUCAGAGAAAGACUCUUCUCACGCUGGUCUUAGAGACUAUGUGGCUGCACACAAAAACAAGAGUAAAAAAGAGGAGGACAGUUGUGAGGAGGGAGAGGACUCCUCUCAGACUGUGGAACAGCAGAUUGAGAUGCACAAACGCACUGCCUCCAUGCUGCUGGAGUCACUCAACAAAGCUGCUUUACAUCUCCGAAGGGCCAUGGUGCUGGCCCACCGUGGCAGCCACUGGACGACAUUGCAGUGUGUGUGUCAGACUGUGUGGGAGCAAAACUGCAGAAUCACUAUCCUAGUGCAGAGAGCUGCUCAGCUCGAAGCUCCCUCCCCCAUCACAGCAGACCAGCUGCAUACCACCUUCACACCGCUACUGGUGCUGGCUACUGAUCUAAUCAUGGACAUGCUGAAAAGACUAGGGCUGUGGAGUUUGUAUGACAGCGACUUGACUGAGGAGGAUCUAGAGUCUGGUCUCCACUUCUCAGCCCCACUGGAUGACAGCACCCAAGUGGACCUGCGUUGGGUCCGCACCUUGGUGUUGCACACUCUGGAGCACCUCCACAACAGUAAAAAAUGGGAAAGCCUGGCCCACUUUGCAUUAGUUUUCAACUCACACACACAGGAUCGUUAUGCCUUGAUCGUUACUCCUCUACUAGUCCAUGCUCAAAGGAGGCUGCUUGACAGGAUUAGUUCUUUUGGAGGACCUGCAGUCCCACAACCACACCAUGUCAAGACACAGAAGGUCACUGGCAAGGAGGUAACUUACAGGAGCUACGCAGGCUCCCAGCUGCUCAGUGGGUGGACCCCUCACCCUGCACAGCAAACACCCAUUUGCAAAAAAGCAGCACUAACAAACUUCCCUCCUCGAGGUGCAGUUGAUCUUAAAGGCGCAGAGAUACAGCUCUCCAUGUCCCUUGUGUGCGUUCCUCUGGAUGUAGAAGACACACUGAGCUGUUACCGUCAAGCUCUCGAGAGAAGACAACAUUGUCUUCAGGUUCUUCAGCAUAGUCGCUCAUUGCUGCUGCUGCUGCUUCUGGGACACACACAACCCUGCUUUGUGGCACAGUUUCAGCACUGUCAGAGCAGAAGUCUCAGCCAUUCUACAAGCCUGGUGGAUUUCAGUCCCAUAGUAAGGCCCACUCCAAACAUCCAACCUUGCGACCUGAUGGAGGAGGACUACAGUACUCCAAGUGCUAUCUACAGCCUCCCUAUCAGCCGUGACCACAUGCCGACUGUCACUGCUGCAUACUCCACCUCCAUUAAGUAUCUCCAGGCCAACAGUCAUGACUCCCUCAAAGUUCUGGCACUGCAUGAAAUGGGAAACCUACAGUUCUACAAUGGAAACACACGGGCAGCACACUCAUACUGGAAUAAAGCUGUAGAUUGUGCUUUAAAGAGCUCAGGCACUGUAGAGAAAUGGGAUGGCAUGUCCUUUGGGGGUGGCUCCCUGCAACAAACCCUGAAACAAGCUGGCAUUUGGGGAUGUCUACAAGCCGCUGGGCUCACUGCUAAGAUUGCACAGUUUAUCUUAACUUCUGAUAUCAGCCAGCGGACCAAAUGCUGUCUCCUGUCUGCUCACCUCUUUAAGUGCGUGCUGUGUUGCUCCCUGGCUCAGCCUCAAGCCGACCUCCAGUAUGCCUAUCACAGCAUUGGAGAUGAACUGCUCCCUGGAGUCGACCUUUUCUCCGAAUCACAUAGGGUUCACCUUGGCACCACUGUAACUAGUCUCAAGUUCAUCUGCUACUGGCUUUUCAACACAGGCUACUACAUAACGGUACUGCCCAUACUAGCCCUUUACCUACAUUUUGUGGGGUCUGUGUGCAGAGAUGUGCAACGCACUGUUGAGGGCAAAAUACUAAAGAUACGUGCCCUUACUGAACUGUGUCUGUUCACUGAAGCUGUAAAGGAAUCAGUUCAGCUCACACAUGGAACAGGGGUACUUCUGCCUUAUGGACACUACAUCGCCAAAGACAAUUUGCAACCUGUGAAGACGUUCUACAGCAACAAGUCUCUCCUGGACAAUGCUGAGGCUUUGGAAGAACUUGUGAACUGUGACUUUGCUCAAGAGGUUUGCAAGCUGUAUGGAUCCACACUGUGCCACCGAUUCAACCUUGCUCGUAUUCAACUAGUCCUGGCACUCAGUAACACCGUACAUGGCCCUCCUGUGCCAGAUUCUCUUGAAGGAGAAGUAUCUGCCAGCAUAAGAAGUUGUUCUGUAAACUCAGAACACCAUCAACAGGACAGACUGGACAGCUCCUGUCUAAUCACAGAAAAGCCAAAAGUCCUGACUCUUGAUACAGAGAAAGAGAAGCUCACUCCAGAGAGGAUUAAGUUUCUUUUGCUAGAAGGAGCAUCCUCCUUGCUGCACACCACUUUGCAGCAUACUCUGGUAUGUAGUGAAAUUGAGAACCUGGAACUGGCAAUAGAAUCCAAUCUACUGAAGGCCAAUCUGUACCUGCAGCAAGGACAUGCCUCACUUAGUUCUGAGAUGGCAGUUUCUUCCUUGGUGCUGCUGCAGAUGUCUCCUUUACUCAUGAGAGGACCCAUACAAAGCUCUAAGAAACCGGCAUCUGAGCUCCCAAAUGGUAAUAAAGGUUGCGGUGUGUCAAAUCCCCUGCAUGGAGACUGUUCCAGAGCAGUUGAGGCCGGUGAAAGAAUUGGAGUUUAUCUGUGGAUGCGUUGCCGACUAGCUCUUGUCCGCAGCCUGGUUGCACACAUCCCUGACGCCACUACCCUUUUCCCAGGUCUGAACAUUAAUGAAGAGGCAGCUCAGGUGUUCCAGGAGGGUCUUGAUGAAUGUGCACAAUGGGGAGACCACGAUAUUCAAGCCCUUUUGUUGGUCGAAGGUGCAGAAUUCGAAGCACAGAGAGGAAAAACUGAUCAGAGCAUGGCAAUGCUGCAGGAAGCAGUGAGUCUGCUGUCAGGACGGACUUGUAUGCCACCAGGGUCCAGUUUGACACUGGCUCGGGCCACUUUGUUGCUCAGUGACCUGAGAGGACUACAGAGCACCACCCUUCUAAAACUGACACAGAAACUACUGGAAAAGCAGCUAUGUGUUUUCGGUCAGAGUGUGGUGUCAAAUGAUGGAAAAGUGCGUUUCUUUCCUCCCGGGCCGACCAACAUCUACCUC